CAUUUCCCAACCCCCUAUUAAAGCAAACUAAAAAAUAUUUACACCUCUGCUUUUGCUUUUCAUAAAAAUCUAUGCAUUGAUUGUCUGGGCACCGCUGAAUCUAGAUCAAGACGGGGGGGGGGGGGUUAUAUGUGGAGAAUUGUGCUUUAGGCUCGAAGGGGGGCAUAGUAGAAACAGUCAGUGUCACCCAGAGUCUAGCUUACCAUUUUCUCCCAGACUGGUUCUACCCACAUCCACCUGAUAUGAUUUACCUGGUUUACAGUCAGUUGGUUUAUCCUCAGUCUUUCUCCUUCUUUCCCCGCAUUUUGGUUUUAAUUUUUAAAAUGCUUGACCCUUAACAUUCCACAAUAUCUUUUUGGCAUUUACGUCUUUUUUAUCAGUUUGAGUUUUUGUUUCUUCAUUUAUCCAUACAACAUAUUUACUGUACAUAUUUCAGAAAGAAUGGCAGAAAUUAUGGAAGAAGAUAAAGUUACCCGUAAAGAAGAAAUCUCUACUGCAGAGGACACAUGUACUGUAUUUGUAGUGGGAGAAGAUGUAAAAGAGGAAAUUACAGAAAAUCAAGGUGAAAUUGUCAAGAUUGAAGAAGAUCCUCUUUUCUCUGAACAAAAGAUACUAAAAAAGAGGAAGCUGACAGAUAAAAGAGAUAAAAGUUAUGCCUGUGGAAAAUGUGAUUAUGUGGCAACUCAAUUAUGUCAUUUGAAGACACACACCGACCAAGCUUAUAUUUGCUUGAUACACUUCUAAAAGAGAAAGAAUGGCCGAAAUUAUAGAAGAAGAUACCAUUAAAGAAAAAAUCGCUACUGUAGAGGAUACAUGUACUGUAUUUGUUUUGGGAGAAGAUGUAAAAGAGGAAAGUACAGAAAUUCAAGAUGAAGUUGUCAAGAUUGAAGUAGAUCCCCUUUUCCCUGAACAAAAGAGGAUUAAAAGGAGGAAACUGAGAGAUAAAAGAGAUAAACGUUAUUCCUGUGGAGAAUGUGAUUAUGUGGCAACUAAAUCCAGUCAUUUGAAGACACAUAUUAAAAAAAAACAUGAAGGAGUGAGGUAUCCCUGCGAUCAGUGUGAGUACCUUGCUACUGAAGUAUGCUAUUUAAAGAAUCACAUUGAAAAUAAACAUGAAGGAGUAAGAUAUCCAUGCAAUCAAUGUGAGUACGCUGCAACUACACCAGGUAGUCUGAAGUUACAUAUUGAAAAUAAACAUGAAGGAAUAAGAUAUCCUUGCUCUCAUUGUGAAUACGCUGCCACUCAAGCAGGUAAUCUGAAGAUACACAUUGAAUCUAAACAUGAAGGAGUAAGAUAUCCAUGCAUUCAAUGCGAGUACGCUUCAACUACAGCAAGUGAGCUGAAGAAACACAUUAAAUCUAAACAUGAAGGAGUGAGAUAUCCAUGUGAUCAAUGUGAAUACGCUGCCACUACACUUAGAAAUCUUAAAGUACAUAUUGAAAAAAUACAUGAAGGAGUGAGAUAUCCAUGUGAUCAAUGCGAGUACGCUGCCACUACAGCCAGUAGUCUUAAGAUGCAUAUUAAAAGUAUUCAUGAUGGAGUGAGAUAUCCCUGUGAUCAGUGUGAAUACGCUGCCACUAGAGAAGGUGAUCUGAAGAGACACAUUGAGUCUAGACAUAAAUGAGUAAGAUAUAUGCGUUUGCCAGUGUAUAUAUGCUGCAACUGACCCAAGAAGUCUUAGGAGACAUACUAUAAUUAUUCAUGAAGGAGUGAGAUAUCCCUGUCAUUUAAAAACACUCAA